GCCGGGCCGGGGGUGGGCGGCAACCGCAGUGGCGGCAGCGGCCGGGGGCGGUGAACGCGGCGUGGGGCUGCCCCUCCCCGGAGGCGGCGGGGGCGGCCGGGGCCGCGCCGCACCGCGUCGUGCGGGCGGUCAUGGAGCGAGCCUAGGGCCCGACAGGAAUUGUGGGAGGCACUUCAGUGAAGAAAUGGACCAGUGUGUAUAAUCAUGGAAUCUCCUUGCUAACCAUCACCACCUGCUCUCCUUGAUAAGAGAACGACACGGUUGGGGAGAAGGAAAAGAGACCAACAUGAAGCUAAAGCAGCGAGUUGUGCUGUUAGCAAUUCUCCUUGUCAUCUUUAUCUUCACCAAAGUUUUCUUGAUUGACAACUUAGAUACAUCGGCUGCCAACCGGGAGGACCAGAGGGCUUUCCACCGAAUGAUGACUGGCUUACGGGUGGAGCUGGCACCCAAGCUGGACCACACCUUGCAGUCUCCCUGGGAGAUUGCAGCCCAGUGGGUAGUUCCCCGGGAAGUGUAUCCUGAAGAGACGCCAGAGUUGGGAGCAAUCAUGCAUGCCAUGGCCACCAAGAAAAUCAUUAAAGCUGAUGUAGGUUAUAAAGGGACACAGCUGAAAGCCUUACUGAUACUUGAAGGAGGACAGAAAGUUGUCUUCAAACCUAAGCGGUAUAGCCGAGACUAUGUGGUAGAAGGGGAGCCGUAUGCUGGUUAUGACAGACACAAUGCAGAGGUGGCAGCCUUUCAUUUGGACAGGAUUCUGGGUUUCCGCCGAGCCCCGUUGGUGGUUGGCAGAUUUGUUAAUCUGCGAACAGAGAUCAAGCCUGUUGCCACAGAGCAGCUGCUGAGCACCUUCCUCAGUGCAGGAAACAACACUUGUUUCUAUGGGAAGUGUUAUUACUGCAGAGAAACAGAGCCAGCUUGUGCUGAUGGAGAUAUAAUGGAGGGAUCUGUCACACUUUGGCUUCCAGAUGUGUGGCCUUUGCAGAAACACCGACACCCGUGGGGCAGGACUUACCGAGAAGGCAAAUUGGCCAGGUGGGAGUAUGAUGAGAGCUACUGUGAUGCUGUGAAGAAAACGUCCCCUUAUGAUUCCGGCCCGCGCCUCUUGGACAUUAUCGACACAGCUGUCUUUGACUACCUGAUUGGCAAUGCUGACCGCCAUCACUAUGAGAGCUUUCAAGAUGAUGAAGGCGCUAGUAUGCUCAUCCUUCUUGAUAAUGCCAAAAGCUUUGGGAACCCCUUGCUGGAGGAAAGAAGCAUCCUUGCCCCUCUCUAUCAGUGUUGCAUCAUUCGAGUUUCUACCUGGAACAGACUGAACUACCUAAAGAAUGGUGUCCUCAAGUCUGCCUUAAAAUCUGCCAUGGCCCAUGACCCCAUCUCCCCCGUGCUCGCUGAGCCUCACCUGGAUGCGGUGGACCAGCGGCUCCUGAGUGUCCUGGCCACUGUGAAGCAGUGCACUGACCAGUUUGGGAUGGACACUGUGCUGGUGGAAGACAGGAUGCCUCUCUCCCACUUAUAAUUCUCAACAUAAAAUAAGUGAAACUUCUUUUUACAAAGAUAAACAGCACAACAAUUCCAGGUGGUAUGAGAUGGAUUGGAAAUGGCCACCAGCAAGUUCUGGUGAUAGGGAACAGGGUGGCCUCAGAUGUUUUUGGUGUUUUUGGUAGUAGAUGCUGAUGCAAGACUGCAAGUUUCUGAGCCCAGAGAUGUACCUGCUGAGUCCUAUGACCUCCCUGGCAGUUGCUCAUCCUAGUAGCGGACAUAGUAGUUAGUCUUUAUUCCGAUGCCAAAGGACAAACAGGUGUGACAUUUGGAUAGGUGAAUGGGAAGGUUGGUUCUGGAGUGUAUGUUUGGAGUUGAAUCUUGCGGUCCUUUCUCCACAUCUGUGGACUUUGUGGAAACACGUUUUAAUCUCUUAUUUCAUUUUUUUUUCUCCCACCAGUACUAGUCAAAUCAGAAAGCUUGCUGCCUCCUACACUACAGCGUGACAGCAAAUAACACCUUGUGUUCCAU